UUAUAACAGAUGGCGUGAAGCAGGAACCCUUUCCAUCUUCCCUUUUUCAAGAUGGUUGCCCCCGGGAGAGGUGGCGUGCAGGCCCAAGACUUUCUGGCCUUCGGCUCUGGGUCCAAAUGUGGGCGAAAAAAAGAGGAUAAGAAAAGGAAGCGGGUGAACAAGAACAAAAAGAAAAACUGGAGCCGCCACAGCGACGUUAAAGACGUAGAAGAAUUCUUAGACGAUGUCAGACUGCAAGAGAGAACCACGGGGGGGCUGCUCUCCGAAAAAGAAGAUACCAGCUUGUUUUUUGUGGAUACUGGUAACGAAGUGAAAGAUUAUCGGGUAAACAAAAAGAAAAAGCCCCUGAGGAUAGACCUUAUCCUUCAACCAGAUUCCAAGGUUCCUGCCCCCAAAGACAUUUCCUCACAUCAGGUUCCUAAUGGUCAAAAGCUGAAAAGGAAGAAAGAGAGUCAAGAUAAACUGGAAAAGAGAGGAAUAUUUUCUCGGAAAGAACGGCUUCUUCAAGCACGGUUGCGGAAUAAAAAUGAGAAGUGCAAAGCAGAGGCCAACAAUAACCCAGGCCGGGGCUUUUACAAUCUCUGGGCUGACAAUAAUCCUCUGGAUGCCCCUCUUGAGGGAAAGGACAGCUGGUAUCUGCAGCAGACCAGGAAAGGCAUGGUCAAGCGACCAGACAGACUCAACGCCAAGCCUUCACCACUUCCAGCUGUUGAGGUCUCUGGCUCUGGCACAUCUUACAACCCUACGUUUGAGUCCCACCAGGCACUUCUCCUGCGCGCUCAUGAGGAGGAGCUAAAGAAGGUGAAAGAAGAAGAGAGAGUAGACAGGCAGCUUAGCUUACCCACUGCUGCCGAAGCUCCCACAGAGGAAAGCCGCAUGCGUGAGCUCUGCGAAGGGAUCGUGGAGGAAUCUGAGGAUGAAGCUGCGGAGGAAAAGGAGACGGCAGCUGGGGAGCACGUUGCGAUUGUUGCAUCACAGAGAGAGCGGAAAACUGAGAAGCAGAGGAAGAAAGAUAAGGAGGCAAAAAUCCAGAACGCCCGGCUGCAGGCAGAGAAGGUCUUUAAGCAGCGGACCCAGGAGCUCUUCAAGUUACGUUCUAUCCGUGUGGCUGUCAAACAACGGCAGGAAGAGCUGGAGCGGCGUAAGCAAAGGCGCCUGGAGACAAGCAAAGCCCAGGCUCUACUACCACGAAGACUGGGUAGGCUCAAAUACCAGGAGCCGGACACAGAUGUUCAGCUGAGCGAGGAGAUCCCGGGUUCACUGCGCAGACUGAAGCCUGAGGGCAGCAUCGCAAAAGAUCGUUUCAAGAGCUUCCAGAAACGGAAUCUGAUCGAGCCACGUGAGAGGGCAAAAUUCAAGAGGAGGCUGAAAGUGAAAUACUUAGAGAAGCGAGCUUUCCGAGAAAUCACGUUAUAAUUGGAAAUCUGGCGUCGCUACUUCCCUCUCCUCUGUCAAUAUCCAGCCCUGUCAAUAAAAUUAUUUUUAUUUGAUA